CCUGCGCGCCGGGCUCGCCAAUUCCAAACCGACCGCGAAGUGUAGUGCCAUAUACAGGAGUGAAGAUACGCAGAUGACGUCACGAUGGAUGCUCCUCUGCGCAUGCGCCGUCCUCGUCCAAUCAGCUGAUAUCAGGCAAUAUCGGCGGGAUAAAGCCUUAGGACGACAGAAUGGUAGCUCGUUUCAGUGUCCUUCUGAAGGCUUUCAUCCGGACCCAAAAGACUGCAAGAUCUUCUACCGCUGUAUAGAAUGGGGUUCAAGCAACCAGCCACAGCUGACCGCCUUCCAGUUUGAAUGUGGGCCAGGAACAGUUUUCGAUGCAGAAAGCGCUAUCUGCAUUCACGCUUCUGCAUCACCGAGGUCGGAAUGUCGAGCUUUGACUCCUCCACCUAAUCCAGAACCUGAACCCUCUCCGGGAGAUAGUAGCAACGAACUUGCUACUUUAGGAGGAUCCUCUUCUGGAGUAGCUGAAGGGCCAGGAGUCUCUGGUGGUCAAGGUUCUAAUGGCAACCUCCAACCAACUAAUCCACCUUUAGACGUAGGCCAUGGAGGUAGUUCGGUGGAUUAUACUAACAAUGGAGCUCCCUAUGGAGAAAAUAGCCCAAGUAGUUCGAACGAAGAAAAGGUAGAGACUCCUCCUUGCUCUGGUGAGGGAUUUUUUGGUGUAAAAGGAGCCUGCAGACAGUUUUACAGGUGUGUCCAAGACGGUGCCAAUGGGUUUACUAAAUAUGACUUUAAUUGCGUUAAGGGAACUGUUUGGGAUGAGGCUACCGAGUCUUGCAACCACGCUUGGGCUACUAAGAGGGACGAUUGUAAAGGUGAAUCUUCAAACAUAGGACCAACAUUAGGAGUACCAUCGCAAGAACAACCUGGACAAACAAGUUACCCCAACCAUUCAGGAGUAGGAGGUGCCGGUGAUGGUACAUAUCCCACCAGUUCUGGGUCAUGGGAAAACAACGAAACUCCUCCAAGCACAUCUUCACCAAGCGGUGGGUGGUCUUCAACCACAACCCAUCAGGGGCAAAUAGGGGGUACAACGCAACCAAGUGGAGGAUCGUCAUCUACCGAAGAGCCAGAUGUAGCAGAACUAGGAGGUGGAGAAGAUGAAGAGGAUUACGAGUCUUCAAACAGUAAUUGCUCAUCUGAAGGUUUUAACGAAGUGAAAAAUGAUUGCAAAAAAUUCAUUAGAUGUGUUUCCAAUGGUGAAGGAGGAUUCACAAAAUACGAGUUUAAAUGUGGAGAAGGUACAGUCUGGGAUCAAACACAUGAAACGUGCAACUAUCCUUAUCUUGUCCACAGAACAGAUUGUGGGCUAACCACUCCUCGUGCUCCUCUUUCUGAUUCGACUUUAGAUGAUAGUACAGUCACCCAAACCUGGUCAAACAGCACCUCUAGUAGUAGUAGUUCCAGUUCCUCAUCAUCUUCUUCUUGGAACACAACCACGACGAGUGGUAAUAAUGGACAGACUUCGUCUGCUGGUGGUAGUCAGUCGUCAAUGCAAUCCAAUAAUAGCCAGUCUUCGGCAGCUUCUGGAGGAUCUUCAACUACAUCUGCAGGCAGCCAGAGUACUUCUGGAUCAAAUGCAAAUCAACAGUCUUCAUCAUCAGGAAGCAACCAGCAAGCUUCUUCUUCAUCAAAUAAUCAACAGUCUUCAUCCGCAGGAAGCAACACUCAAACGACAUCUUCAGGAAGCAAUCAGCAGUCUUCGUCCUCAGGAGGUAACACACAAACGACAUCUUCAGGGAGUAAUCAACAGUCAUCUUCAUCAGGAAGCAAUACUCAAUCUAUGUCAUCUGGAAACAAUCAACAGUCAUCGUCGUCAGGAAGCAGUACCCAAACAACAUCUUCAGGUAGCAAUACUCAAACAUCAUCUUCUGGGAGUAACCAGCAAUCCUCUUCUUCUGGGAGUAACCAGCAAUCUUCUUCUUCUGGGAGUAACACGCAAACUACGUCGUCAGGAAGCAAUGAACAGUCAUCCUCAUCAGGAAGCAAUACUCAAUCUAUGUCAUCAGGAAACAAUCAACAGUCUACCUCGUCAGGAACCAACACUCAAACAACAUCUUCUGGAAGUAAUCAGCAAUCGUCAUCAGCUGGAGAUAGCACACAAACCACUUCUUCUGGAGGCAAUCAGCAAUCUUCAUCGUCUUCAAGUAACACUCAAACGGCAAUGACAGGAAGUAAUCAACAAUCAUCAUCUUCUGGAAGUAACACUCAGACAACAUCAGCUGGAAAUAACCAACAAUCAUCUUCCAGUGGGGGCCAAACACAAACAACUUCAGGAACAAACCAGCAGGGAAGUCAAAGUGGAACGAACCAGCAAACAAGUUCAGCAACCAGUGGUCAACAGUCAUCUACGGGAUCUCAAACGACAAGCAGCCAAGCUGAAUCUUCAUCAGGAUCUAAUACACAGACAACUUCUUCAGGAAGUGCUCAAGGUACAACGCCUAGUAACAAUCAAGGAACAACUCCUGUUUACACACCAACUUCAGUUCCUCCAACUACACCAAGUAGCCAAUAUGGACAACCUGGGCAAAUAGGACAACAGGGUCAGCCUGGACAACAAGGUCAAACCGGACAAGGUCAGCCUGGACAACAAGGUCAAACCGGACAAGUUAAGCCUGGACAGCAAGCUCAACCUGAGCAACAAGGACACCCAGGCUCUCCUGGACAACAGGGUCAGCCAGGACAACAAGGUCAAGCCGGUCAACAAGGUCAAAUCGGUCAGCAGAGCCAGCCUGGACAGCAAGGCCAACCUGGACAACAAGGUCAACCUGGACAAAAUGGCAAGCCUGGUCAGCAAGGCAAGCCUGGUCAGCAAGGCCAGCCGGGCCAACAAGGUCGGCCUACACAAGGUCAGCCUGGUUCACAAGGCCAACCUGGAUCACAAGGCCAAGCUGGACAACAAGGUCAACCUGGACAACAUGGCAAGCCUGGUCAGCAAGGCCAGCCGGGCCAACAAGGUCGGCCUACACAAGGUCAGCCUGGUUCACAAGGCCAACCUGGAUCACAAGGCCAGCCUGGACCACAAGGUCAACCUGGGCAACAAGGACAUCCAGGCUAUCCAGGACAACAGGGUCAGCCUGGACAACAUGGCCAGCCUGGACAACAAGGUCAGCCCGGACAGCAAGGUCAGCCUGGACAGCAAGGUCAGCCUGCACAGCAAGGUCAGCCUGCACAGCAAGGUCAGCCUGGACAGCAAGGUCAGCCUGGAGAGCAAGGUCAUCCUGGACAGCAAGGACAUCCCGGCCAACAGGGUCUAACUGGACAGCAAGGUCAGCCUGGACAUGGUCAGCCUUGUAAACCUGGUGAAUGUCCAGGUGAAGGAUUUUGGCCAGUUCAGGGUGACUGUUCCAAAUUUAUUAGAUGUGUCAAUACUGGUUCUGGUUUUACAAAGUACGAGUUCAGUUGUAGCCCUGGCACGGUUUAUGACCCAGAUAUUACAGGAUGUAAUCAUGUUUGGGCAGUCAGCAGAAAAGAUUGUAAAGAUACUAGUAGUAAUGAAAUAUCAGAAUCACCUAAACCAGGUGUACCUAUCCAACCAGAACAAGGGCAAGCAGGACAACCUAGUCAAUCAGGAUAUCCAGGACAUACAGGGGGACCUGGACAGCCUAGCCAGCAAGGACAGUCAGGAUACCCAGGAGAAACAGGACAACCUGGACAACAAGGACUGCCUGGACAACCUGGACAGCAAGGAUAUCCGGAGCAACCAGGCCAGACAGGACAACCAGGCUAUCCAGGUCAAUCAGGACAGACUGAACAGCAAGGUCGUCCCGAUACACCUGGCCAGCAAGGAAAUCCCGACCAAUCUGGGCAGCAAGGAACAUCACCAAUGGUACCAGAAAUUACUACUAAAAAACCGCCAUCUUCAAACCAAUGCUCUUCUGAAGGUUUCUUCCCAGUCGAUGGUGAUUGCAGCAAGUUUUAUAGAUGUGUUAACAGUGGUGCCGGGUUUACAAAAUACGAUUUUAGUUGUGGACCUGGUACAGUAUGGGAUUCAGAUAUAAGUAGUUGCAACCAUGCCUGGGCUGUCAAAAGGGCUGAUUGUAAAGAAAGGGGGUCAGAAACAGAUACUAGCAAUGAAAUACCAGAACCUUCUGGUCAAGGAAAACCCGAACAUGCACAGCAACCUAUUCAGCCAUCGCAACCUGGCCAGCAAGGGCAUGAAAUCCAGCCUGAACAUCCAGGACAACAAGGUCAACCUGGGCAACCAGGACAACCUGGACAGCCAGGACAGCCUGAAAAGCCUGGACAGUACGGCCAGCCUGGACAGACAGGACAGUCUGGAAAGCCUGGACAGCCAGGUCAGAAUGGACAGCAAGGAUAUCCGGGGCAACCAGGACAGGCAGGGCAACCAAGCUAUCCAGGUCAACCAGGACAGACAGAACAGCAAGGUCGUCCCAGUACACCAGGCCAGCAAGGACAUCCUGACCAGUCUGGACAGCAAGGAACAUCACCAAUGGUACCAGAAAUAACUACUAAAAGGCCAACAUCUUCAGAUCAAUGCUCUUCUGAAGGAUUUUUCCCAGUCGAAGGCGAUUGCAACAAGUUUUAUAGAUGUGUGAACAACGGUGCAGGAUAUACUAAAUAUGAAUUUAGCUGCGGACCUGGAACUGUAUGGGAUCCAGUUAUCACGAGCUGUAACCACGCUUGGGCAGUCAAGAGGGAUGAUUGUAAAGCGGGAGGUGCGUCAACCGACAUUAAUAAUGAAAUACCAGAAUCUGCAGGCCAAGAAAAGCCCAAACCGAGUCAACCAAGUGACGAAAAUCAUCCUGAACAACAAGGACAACCGGGACAAUCGGGCCAACCCGGAUUACCUGGUCAGCCUGGACAAUCUGGUCAGCCUGGACAAUCUGGUCAGUCAGGACAAUCUGCUCAGCCUGGACAAUCUGGACAAUCCAGUUAUCCCGGACAACAAGGGCAACCAGGACAAUCGGGACAUCCAGGACAACCUGGUCAGCCUGGGCAAUCUGGGCAACCUGGACAAUCUGGGCAACCUGGACAACCUGGAAAACCUGGACUAACUGGCCAAGGAGAGCCUGGACAAAAUACUUCAAGUCCACCAUGUACAACGAAACCUCAAAGUCAAAUAGUUUGCAAUAAGGCAGGUUUCUAUCCUCAUCCUACAGACUGCCACAAGUUCUACCGCUGCGUUGACUGGGACGAUGGCAAGGGAGAGCGAUUUUCAGUUUACCACUUCGAUUGUGCUCCAGGUACAAUAUGGGAUCCAGCUUUAGAUACCUGUAAUCAUCCCGGUUCCGUUUACCCACCCAGAGACUGCAGCGGGACAGCAAGUUCCCCAGGGGUUGCUACAGAGCCUGCGACGACGGUCACACAAACGACAGAAGGGACGACGAACUUGGAAUCUACAACAACAGAAGGAACCACUAAUACGGAGUCCACAACUGUUGGAACCACUAAUACGGAAUCCACAACUGUUGGAACCACCAAUAUGGAAUCCACAACUGUUGGAACCACUAAUAUGGAAUCCACAACUGUUGGAACCACAAACACAGGCCAAACCAUGACUACUGAUGGUGCCACAGAUCAAAGCACCACGGAAGGAACCACUUUGACAGAGUCAACUAGUGUAGAAACUACUUAUCAGUCCACCACUGAGGGUACUACUAAUACGGAAUCAUCUACACCUGGCAACACCGAAGCUUCUACGCCACUCACCGACGGUACAGAGUCCACUCCUGCAAAUACAGAGAUUUCCACCACCGAGAGCACCGGAGGCACACAACCAAUGGAAUCUACAGAUCAACCAUUUACUAUUCCUCCAGGAACAGACACUUCUGCAUGUCCCACCUUAGAGGAGGGUCAGAUGCAUCUCGUAUGUCCCACAGGAUUCAAGAGACAUCCAAAACACUGUAAUCUUUUCUAUCAAUGCACGAGUUCUGCAGACAAUCACGACCUGAAGGUGCUAGUCCUGGCUUGUACGAACGGGACAAUAUAUGAUGAACAGAAGGUUCAAUGUUUGCCUGCAGAAGAGGCAGCGCCCUGCCAAGGCUCUAUGGCGGCUAGCAGGAACACGAGGCGGCUGGAAGAUGGAUCUAUACCUCCUGUGGAGGUGUCUACCCACCGCAGCCUGUGUCCAGCCGAGGGUCACUUCCCGUACGAGGGAGACUGUCAGAGGUUCUAUAAGUGUCAGCUUAGGGGUGGACGGAUGCAUGGCACCCUCUACCAGUGCCCUCACGGAUACUCUUUCUGGGACGUCUCCAGAAGGUGUGAGAAGUCUGCCAAGAUCCCUGUCUGCCCUCGAGGGGGCAUGAAGCGACUCUGGAGACCGACCAGCGCCCCCUUGGAGACGACUGAGCUCGGUCACCGAUAGUUAGGUUAGGUUAAAACGAGAGGUUAGGUUUGUAUGAUGAGGUUUGGGUCUCGGGGAAGAAAACCCAAGAGAUGCCAAAAUCUCAAAAAUUAAGCGCGAAUACAUUUUACUGUGUGACAAAUUAGAAAACUAAAAGUUAAAAGA